UUUAAUUUUACAGACACUUUUGUAUCAGCGGUUUACAAAUCAUUUAUUACAAUGCCACAGAAAUCAAAAGGUAUAAAACUCUGGACUCCCAAUAGUCGUAGAAUUUUAAUAAGUAUUUUGGGUUUUAUAUUGGGCAUUGGCGGCAUAUUAUGUGGCAUGUUUUGGGAGCAAAUAUUCAAUAGUAUUUUAGCUAAGCAAAUGGUUUUAAGACCCGAUUCAGAAGUAUAUGACAAAUGGAAGACUCCACCAAUACCUUUAAGUUUAGAUAUUUAUCUUUAUAAUUGGACAAAUCCAGAGGAUUUUAAAAAUUUCUCCACAAAACCCAUAUUAGAACAAUGUGGACCGUACCGUUUUACAGAGAAACCCGACAAAGUUGACAUCAACUGGCAUCCAGAGAAUGCCUCUGUGACGUAUCGCAAGAAAAGUUUAUUUUAUUUUGAUGCUGCUGGCAGCAAAGGAAGUUUAGAUGAUGAAAUUACCACCUUAAAUGCAGUGGCUUUGUCUGCUGCUAGUAAAGCCAAACAAUGGAAUACUGUACGCCGGCGUAUGGUGGAUAUGGGUUUAAAAUUGUAUGGCCAAGAAAUGUCAGUGACGAAGACAGUCGAUGAAUUGUUAUUUACCGGUUACAGUGACGAUAUGAUUGAUAUGGCCCGUUCCGUUCCUAUAUUUGGUAAUGAUGUUGAGGUGCCGUUUGAUAAAUUUGGCUGGUUUUAUACGCGCAAUGGUAGUGCUGAUCUAACAGGUGUUUUUAAUGUUUUUACGGGUGCCAAUGAUUGGUCUCAAUUAGGACAACUGCAUAAUUGGAAUUAUCAAAAGCAUACCGGUUUUUUUGAUUCAUAUUGUGGUCUGGUUAAUGGUUCUGCAGGAGAAUUUCAACCACCUAAUUUAACGCCCCACAAUAUAGUACAAUUAUUUACUCCCGAUAUGUGUCGCACAAUUCCAUUGGAUUAUACAGAUACUCAAGAAAUUGAAGGUAUAAAAGGUUAUAAAUAUUCGGGUGGCUUAAGAUCUUUAGAUAAUGGCACCUUAUAUCCUGAGAAUUCCUGCUUUUGCGGCGGUCAAUGUGUACCUUCCGGUGUUAUGAAUGUUUCAUCCUGCCGUUUUGGUUCACCAGUUUUUAUGUCUUAUCCACACUUUUAUAAAGCUGAUCCAUUUUAUUUAGAUCAAGUAGAGGGUUUAGAUCCUAAACAUAAAGAUCACGAAUUUUACAUGAUUUUAGAGCCAAAAACUGGCAUUGCUUUAGAAGUAGCAGCUCGUUUCCAAGUUAAUAUGCUGGUGGAGCCCAUACCUUCAUUAAGUUUGUACGAAAAUAUACCCCGCAUUUUCUUUCCGCUGAUAUGGUUCGAGCAGAAAGUACGCAUUACUCCCGAACUAGCUAAAGACUUGAAAAUGAUACCGUGUGCUUUGUUGGGAGGUCAAAUAUUUGCUGGCAUUAUAUUUGCCAUUGGACUUAUACUCUUGGGCUGGUAUCCUCUUAAACAGCUUUGCUGUCUGGGCAAGAAUAAGAAAAUGAAAAUAAAUCACUUAGAAAAUGAUAGUUGUAAAUCGAACGAAUUGAGACCACUACAGACGAAAAAAUUUCCGGCCAAACCACAUACACCAACACUCGAUGGAUCUCCCUUAUUAGAAAAACCUGCCAAAAUACCCACCAUUGUUUCAAAUUCAAAUACUGAUGAUAGCCUAAAUACGACUUCAACAGCGUUAAGUGAUAAAACCAAUUAAUACUAAGAUUUUAGGUAAAAAAAAAACGAAAAGAAAUUGAAAUUAUUAUUCAAAAUAAGGACAAUAACAAACAUUCUAAAAAGAAAAUAAUUAGAAUAUUUUUUUUUCUAACCUAAAAAUUACUUUCUAAAAUUUGUACCACAAAUUAGGUUGCUAUACCUUAACAAUAUUUUUUACUACUUAUACACAACUUUACAUCCAUAAUAAUUGUUGUUUCUAGGAUCUCAUUUGAAAGUUAAAUACUUUCAUUUGUUCCUUUCCAUUAUAUUCUUGUGAUAUAAAAACCAAAUACAUGAGAUCGCUAAAACUGUAAAUUGCCUAGAAAUAUACACAUACAUAUGUAUACAACAAAUAUGAAUAAUUUUAACAUUCCUUAAAUAAAAAAAAA